ACCGUCAGAGUCUCAACAUGAACGUCUGUCCCACUUUGAUCUGCUUCUUCUUCCUCUCUCUGCAGGAUGGAAACCCAAUUGAUAUCUACUUGCAGACUGAAGGAGGAGAUAUAGGAGUUUAUUGCUACUCUCCUUCAUCUGGAAACACAACGUUCUUCUGUAAGAAUGAAUGUCAAGGAAAAGGAGACCUUCUCAUUGAAACAAGCAGUGACACAGCUCAGAGCGGCAGAUACGGGAUUGAACAUGAAACACUAAUAGCAAACACUUCUGUAGCCGUCAGCAUCUCCCAGCUGACCAAGUCUGACUCUGGGCGGUACAGGUGUGGUCUAAACAAAUCUCUGUCUUCACAUUCAUACAGCGACUUUGAAAUCAUUGUUGUAGAUGCACUGCUGGCAAGAAAUCCUCCUGAAGUAAAAACCUUCUAUAAGACACCUGGAGAUAGCGUCAUCGUGUCAUGCUUCUUUUCUCUCUCUGGAAGCAGGAAGUACUUCUGUAAGGAACAAUGUGAAGACAAAGACAUUCUGGUUCAAACAACCAAUGUCAGCACUCAGAGAGACAGAUACGGCAUCAGAUAUGUGGAAGGAUCUGUGUCAGGAGGAUAUCUGUAUGUGACCAUCUCCCAGCUGACCUGGUCUGACUCAGGACGCUACAGGUGUGGUCUGAACACAUCUUUCUCUCCAGAUCCUUACCAAGAGUUUAGGGUCGCUGUCACAGAUGCUGAGACUUAUGGUGUGCUGCUGUAUUUGGUCGUGACUCUUCUCAUCAUUGUCAUCAUCUCUGUGCUGGCGCUGACGAUCAUCUGUAUUCGGAGAAAGUGCAAACCCAACGGUUCCGCUGGAGGACAGUCAGAUGGCCUGAACUUAAAGGUUCCUCAGGUUGCCCCACAUUUCUACAAUGAGAACUGUAAUCCAGUCUUCAUCUUAGAAAACUCCACCUACAUGAACCUCGAUCCAGCCACCAGGGAUAAGAACCAAAGCUACUGUACAAUCUCACAAAUACGACACACAUGAGCUGGAGCGUAGGGCUGGGUAUCACUGAUUUCCUAAAUCAAUCCUGAUUCCGAUUCUCAGCGUCCUGAUUGGAUUACAUUUCUGAUUGGCUAUCAAUCAGGUUAGGGAAUUUCAGUUCCAAUCCCAGUUUAUCUCGAUAUAAAAGAGAUUCUCAAACAACUUCUGCUGUAAAUUGUACCAAGCAAGAAGCAACAAUAUAUUUUAUGAUGCACCAGGUUCAUGUUUACAUUAAGAACUGAGGCCUUAAAAAGUUUGAUUAAAAGACUUUUUACUUCUCCAUCCAUUGUGAAAAGGCAGAUAAUAUAAGACCAACUUUCUGGAAUUAAAUAAGUGAUAUCAGAUCACUUCAAGCGUCCAGUUUGUGCUCAGUGUGCUGCAUUUAGAGAAAAAUGGUACACUGCAAAGACAAAGCAGAAGCCAAUUACUUCUGUAUUUUCAGUGCAUUUCUUAAUGCAAUGUGUAUGUUGUUAAAUUGGAGAAUGUGUUUCUCAUUUUGCUGGAGUGUUACUUCUUCGCAGUGUGUUUUAUUUGCAUGUGUUUUCUUGGGUUGCAUUUCGUUGAUCUCUUUGGGCCACUGUACAUUUGUAGUCAAUGGAGUUUCUUUUACAUCUUCAAUUGUGACACGUUAUCUAAAUUUAUAAUUAGGGUCUGAACACCAACCAUGUCAGUUGGUGAAGGUCCAAUGCAAUCUCUCUGUUUAUGAAUCACAAUUCUGACAGGCUAUAGGUGCUCAAAAAAUUUAAACAUUGCCCAUGUAUCAGAAGUGGCGACCAUUGACAUCUGAUGAGUGUCUCGGGCUGGAGUCUGGUAAAUUGGCUCUUUAGCCACCCCAACAGCAAGUCAGCUAUAUUGAAUUUACUUUGCCAAUUUUGGAGAAAAGAAUUACCAUUUCCAGUUUUUGUACUUUAACAUACUCCUACAUAUUUAACUCAAUGUACCUCUAAAUGCGCAGUACAAUGUAAAGACCUUGGCAAAGCUAAAUUGCGAAGCUUUUGAGUUUCUGUCCAGCAGCAUGGGUGUAGUAGGGUGUUGAACUUCCAUGUUACACCGCAAACAGGAACUACUUAUUACUAGAGUGUACAUUGUUCAAUCUGCCCCUAAUUUCUCAUGCAGAAUAACAGUCCAGGUCUAAUGACAUACACAUGGGGAGUGAUUAUAUUACAGUCAUAGCGCCACCUGCUGGCAACAGGAAGUCAGCUUCAUGUGACAAACAUUAUCCGAUUUACAUGAAAUUGACAAUGUGUGGUCUAAACAUUAUAUAGAGCAACAUAAUGCAAGUCAUCCAACAUUUGUAAUCAUAAUCUCCAGCGCCUGGCACUUUCACUGCACGAUGGUCACCACAACGCAGGGCAACGUCAACGGCAUUUGUUUUCUCCAGAAUUAUAAUACUCUUGAAUGCAUUUCCUACAUACCUUCUUCAUGUAUUUAUCUCUUUAUCAGCUCUCGUUUGGCUCUCAAUGAAGGCGGUCGCAUUUUUCUCCCUCUCCUUCCCGUUUCCUGCCCUGCUUUGCUCUCUCGUCUAGUCUUUGUCUCUGUGUACUCUUAGAGUCUCUCUCUCUGCACUGCUCCUAAAUUAAGAAUUAUGGAUUUGAUCAACUGGUCUCUCAGCGCAAUUGACACCAUCGACAAGAAGCUCGGGUUCGGGGGAACCCGACUGCCUUGCCGGAACGUUUGCAGCUGGCUACACGAUGGACGCGUGGGAGAGGUGGCGGGUCGUGUGUCUGGCGGUUCUUUCCGUGGAGGACAUUGAAGAUAUCUACCUAUUCGGAACCAUGAUAACAGGUCUUUUGCUGAUUGGCUCAGGCAUUGCCCUGGUUUAUCGAGAAAUUAAAAAGAAGACGGGAACCGAGCUAAAUACCAGGCUGCCCGUCAUGGUUGAAGCUGUGGGCAGAGCUGUCGGAACUCAAAUUGUGACUCUGAACUCCAUGAGCCACAAAUUGGAUACUGUGAUUACCAUGGGCCAACAAUUGGAUACCAUCUUGAUGAGACUGUCAGCUCUGGACAAACUGGACAACAUCUUGGGGAAACUCACGGUUUUGGCAUGGAAAUUUGAUCGAUAUGGAGACCAGAGGGGACACUUCAGAGAAGUCGAGAGUGACUAACUGCGGCUCCUCGCCCCAAGGCAAAACAAAUUCCAAUCUUAUCUUUUCGGCUCCUGAACCAGCGCUGGCCUUGGCCAAGGCCGGUGUUGAAUACUCACUCCCCCUGGAGCACUACAGCGAGGCACACUCUUGCGCUCCUUACCCGACUCCCACAGACACCUGUUGAUUGUUGACUCGUACGGGUCCUGUUUCAGGGCUGACUCCAUGGCAACCGGCUGUGUAUCGCUAUGUCAAUCGUGCGGACUGAGAAACCCAGAUUACGGGGGCCAGACGUAGCUUGACUACUCAGGCCUACACACACACAAACUCUUACAUAUAUACAGAUAUGCAAUCACCCCCCACCCCCUAUCCAGUGCCUUCACAGCUUCUACCCCCAGUCAGGCGGGCGGGUCUGGGACCAGCGCCUUUGUUUGGCUGCAGGACCAGAUGUCUGCUUGCCUGUGCUGGACUACCUCAACCCCAACACCCUCAUCCCCAUGCACCCAACUCCCCCCCCACCCCCCCUCCAUUGCGUGUCUUGUGUGCCCUUGUACUGGUUAUGUGCUUAUAUUAUGUUGCUGAGGUGUUUUUUUCCUGUUCCCAAACUGUACUCCUACUGGGGCAUAGUCUGGGAGU